AUGCCGCUCGCUCCGAAAGACUUGGUUCAAUGGGUCCCAGGCCUGCAUAGAUCCACGUGGAACUUUGGAACAAAUGCUACAGCCCAAAAUAAUCUUACAUCUUCAGGAAUUUCCCCGAGGAUGGCAAUAUGCGUUCGAAAUAGCCACGGAUUCCUCGCACCACGAUCACGAGGUGAUGCUAGUAUCAAGUCAAAAGACCCUGCGGAAAACCCUACGGUAAAUCGCAAUUAUCUCGAGAACAUCUUGGAUAUGCUUAUGUUCAGCGAAGGAUGCCGCAUGGCAGACUAG